AUGUCUAUUAUUGGUUUGACCAUAAUUCGUACUUGGACCGCUCAAUUGAACAUCUACCAGCAUAAUUUUCUCGAAUAUGAACACAAUUCUUUCUCGAUACUGGCGAAGAGCAAUUUGAUAUACAAGCAGAGAUCAAUUUUUAAUUAUCAAAAGGCAGGUAUCCGAGUGGAUGUAAAAAUAGUUCCGGUUCUAGGAAAUAAUUUUACCGAGAAAGUAAAAAUUGUUGAAAAUUUUCCGGAAUUUCCUACGAAAGACUUCGGUCGAUGUGUCCUCGAUCUUUCACUGAGUUGCAUCAAGAAACGUUUCGCUAAAUUAUUGGGGAGUAUAGGAUACUUAAAUGAAAUCACACUGGUAGGACAAAAUGUGAAAUUAGUGAAGACGAGGAAACCUCGAGAUGAUCGGCGAUCGAUCGACGCCAAUGAUACAAGUAGCGAUGAUAUUCGACGUAGUAUCGAUGAUUUCUUUGACAUGUUCGUGCUACGCAUCACUUUUCCAACAUGGAACGGAAAACGAGAAAAAAAUCAGAUUGAUCUAAUGUUCGACGAAGGUGGAUCUCCGGUUGAAGGUGUGAUAGGAAUGAUGGCAAUGAAAGGAAUGAUAAUGGGAGCUAUGUCACUGAUGAUAUCGACAGUGAUGUUGAUGAUGAAGUUUUUGAAAGGUGGAGGUGGUGGUCCGUGGAAAAGUGGCGGUUACAAGGAAGUGAUUUUAUUCACAAAGCUACCAAGUGGAGGUGGUGGAGGAAAUGGAGGCUAUGGAGGGGGUGGUAGUAAUUGUGGUGGCGGAGGUUGCGGUGGAGGAAAUGGUGGUGGUUGUGGUGGAGGAGGUUGUAAUGGUUAUGGUGGAGGGAGUAAAGGAGGAGGUGGUGGUGGCGGCAAUGGAGGUGGUGGAGGAGGCAAUGGAGGUGGUGGAGGCGGCUAUGGAGGUGGUGGUUAUGGUGGAGGAGGUGAUGGUUAUGUAGUUCCACUAUUGUCAAGUUACGGUGUACCUAGUGGUGGAGAUGCUGGUUACGGAGGUGGCUGGGGUCGCAGUUUUAGCUCUGCAAUCAUAUUACCACAUUUUGAAUCGAGUCGUAAUAGAAAAUUGAAGAAGCAGUCUAAUCCUUCUCUUAUGAUCGGAGAGUCCAUUGACCAUGUUGAGAGUUUGGAUUACGAAGAUUAUCAAGACUUGAAUGCUACGUUUGAGCGUAAUGUACUUCUUACUCUUCCAUGGGUAUCGAGACUAAAAGAAACGAGAAGAAGAAGAAGGUUUUGUUUCCUCUAUGGCUCUCCAUUGACUCUCGUCAAACAGCAAACACAUGUAAAGAAACCUACGAAAGGAUCGAGACGUAGCAGAUUGAAACAUUUAGCAUUCUACAGUUAUCAUAUCUACAUUAAUGAGAACACCUUCACCGCGAUUUUAUUAAUGGAAAGUUUCCGAUAUCCGGAAGUUAUGUACUUGGAGAUUGUAAUAAUUUUAAGAAUGCAGAUUAGAAAAUCAAUUAUGUUGAGAAAAGUCAUCUGGUUCGUCACCUUUUUCGUAUUAAUCGAUUCGUCGAGAUCGGAAUUGUUCAACUUCGAAAACUUCUAUUCCCUCGUUAAGAUAUUUCAUUUCGAUGAAUUGGUUUCGACAAAUGCGACGGAUAACGAACUUUGGUAUGGUUUGUUAAAGGACUGUAACAAAAAACUGACGUUUUCGUGUAUUCAAAAAAAUGCUUAUACUUAUUUAAAUGGUACCUUCAAUGAUAGGAACAAUAUUACGGUAUUCAAUGGUUUGACGCUUACGAAAAAUAAUUUAGAUUAUGGCUCGUGUAGGAUAGAAAAUGAUCAGAAGAACAUCGAUGAAAAUCUUGUCGAUGGGUCAAUGAAAGAAGAUUGCAAGUUCAAGGAUGAUGACGAUGAAAAGCAGACAGAUGAAAAUGAUAUGAAAAGUGAUAGAACAAUGGAUGAACCGCAUAAAUUUCCGUUGGAAGAAAUAACAGAUGCACUUCGACAAAAAGCAAUGAAAUUCUUGGCUACCAGAAAUUACGAGAUUCAACUACCGAAACUUUUCUUCGAAGGAACUAUGAUGAAGAUCAGCCCACGUCAAAUCGAUGAUAGCGGUGCACUCGUUAGAUUAGAUUUUAUCCAAAGCGGUGUUAGUACUCAUGGAAGAUUGUUUAAGAAAAUAAAAAAAUUCAUACAAAAUAAAUUGCUGUUGAGUUUUCUAGCUCUCAUACUGCUCAUCAAGCUAAUCAAAGUGAAGUUCUUAUUUGUGAUACCCUUCUUAUUUGGAGUAGGUGCUGCAAAGAAACUAUUCUUAAAAUUACUGCUCUUUUUUAUUCCACCGUUCGCACACAUCUUUAAGUUGUGCUCGAGUUUCUAUACAUCUUAUGGAACGAAAUAUCAUCAUCAUCAUCAUCAUCAGAUUGCUCAUCAUCAUCAUCAUGUUCCUGUUCCGGUACCGGUACCGACUUACUACGAUCAUCAUCAUCAUCACCACGCGAAUGACUUUAAUGGUUAUAAUUACGUUCAUCCACACAUCCAAUAUCGCAAAGACGCGGAGGAAUUGAAAGAGUGGGGUAUCGAGCCAUACGAAGAUUUAUACGAGGAUGUAAAUAGACAUAUUUCUGGUGUUCAACCAGAUGCUGAUGUAUUACCAGUACCAGUCGUUGCUCCAGUUUCAGGAUAUCCUGCAGGAAUGACUUAUAAUGGUCCUUAUGGUCUUUCCCAAUAUGCACCAAACGCCAAAUCUGUUGUUCCACCUUCCUAUCACGACAAGUAUUCUGCUUCGAUUUCAGCUCACGCACACAAUUUGGCCUACUCGGGAUACCUUGAUGAUAAGUACAAUCGACGUGUCGUUGAACCUAAUGGUAUAGCCACUACUGUUAAGGCUGUCAAUGUUCUAUCGGCUGGUUCAGUAAAGGCAGCAACAAAGAACAAGAACAUAAGGAAUCCUUAUGGGAUUCUAAAUCAACAGAACGUUAGACAAGUCACGAUACCAAGGAUAACUAAAGCAGUUGCAACUCCGAAUAAUUCUAUCGUCCGAACAUCGACAGCUGCACAAAUUUAUGACGAUGAAUAUUACGGACCAAUAAUGAGUCGUCUCGAAGAGAUUUUUGUUCAGCUGAGAUUUUUUGACGAAUCUUGCCGAGAAAGGCUCGUCUGUAGCAUGUACAAAAAUCCAAUCAUUUAUUCACCUCACAGUAAUCUAGUCUCGAACGAAUUAUCCAGAGAUCCGCAAGAACUCAAACGUGGCACAUUGGAGAGCGCUUCCAGUCAGAAGUUUCAUAAAUAUUUAAAUGCAGCAAGAACAGGUCAAGAUCGAGGCGACUGUGUAUGGACGUACCCCUGUCACAUAAAUACCGAAUAAAUCCCGUUUAAUUCUUACAGAAGAUUUUUAUGAUGCAUGAAUGCAUCUAGCAGUAAUUAAAUAAUCCGUGCAAGAAAUCAUGCGUGCCUUGCUUCCGUGAAGUGACGUGCUAGUGAAAUGCGUGUUCUUCAGUCUGACUAUUCAAUCUUUUAGCA